AUGUCUGAUGACAUAAAGAGUGUGACAAGUGAUUUAUCGACUAGGUCUGGCUGUACUGGAGCCGCCAGGCCUCCUCGUGACCCCAACGAAACGUCUAUUUCGUCUAUCUCGAAUCCUACGAUUCAAAAGGGGCGCCACCACCCAGAUGUCUACAGUAUCACAUCUACUCCGCAAUCACACACAUGCUCUGAUUUAAGUACAGAUAGGAGUCAAAGUGAGCUGUUUUCAGGAUCUGUAUGCACACAGGAUCCCAUUCAGUUAUGUGCGCUAACAUCGUCUCCAAGCUCGAACAGUGAUCAUGGUCACCAGUCGUGCGGUUUCCUCACUAAAAAGGAUGAGAUGCAAGGUGAGGAGCCCUCUGACUGCUUUGAUUUACAAAGCUCUUCAUUAUCCUCCGCCCAUAUGAGAAGGAAGGCCGUGACUGGGUGCCCUGAAAAAGCAGAAGAAGAUUCUGACUUACAAUUGUCCGACUUGAAAGCCGGGGAGUCAUCACGUAUUGGACUGCAUUCAUCUUUAUGUAGUGCCAAUCCAUUGCAGAGCAAAGUAAUGAGAGAACUAUCGUUAUCGUGGAAAAAGAAGGUUGAGAACGAAGAAAGAAUAGCAAGAGCCCUUACUAUACCGUGCACAGGACCAUACCACAGAUUGUACGGGAUGAGUCGCAUUACCGCACAGGACAAUACACAAAGGAAGAUAUUGGUUGUAGAGUCUCGCACUUCUCUGCCGCCAUUUACACUGUAUCUUUGCAACGACCAUGACUCAGAAGGUUCUAAAAUUAUUGUUGUGGCAAAACAUGCGACGGCAGCUGACAAUAACGCGAUAGAGCUGUGGGGACCGUGGAGUACAUUUGCUUGUGGUGUAUACUUCCGUCAGUACUUUAAUUUAUCUAGUACUCAAGAGCCCCCACGUGUAAUGUUUAACCCUGUCUCUGUAACUGGGAUGAACAUAAAGUCUCCUGGGAAAACGGUAACUCUGGUAGCCUAG